CAAGAGCAUGGCACGAGUGUUGUCGUUCAAGCUUGUGCGCUUGGUCCAGCAGCGCUUGAGUUGUACUAGAUAGAUUGGCAGUUGUAGGCGCAUUCUUUGAAAGUUUGAAAUACAUCCAGAGAAUUCUGUGAUUGGUCUAAAAGCACCUUUAAUUUAGUUGACAUUAAAUUAAUGGUUACUGGGAGCGGAUGACAAGCGUUGUGGCUUCUUUUAAACCGUGCGUAUUCUUUCUCAGCUCCAUCAGUACAAGUUCGUGUUUCCCCGACGAGACGUUGCAUUUGGAGGAAGGACAUCUAACACGGGGAUAAGAUGACAGCAGUCAGAAUGGUUUCAUCAGUGCUGCUGCUGGUGCUGAUGCAGUCCGGAGCUCUUUGCGCACGGAGGUUCCGGGGUGGCCGCAACCCACAACCACGACGCGCACCACCUCCUCCCACAUACCGGGCGGACCGGGUAGACACCACGGAGAGCUUCCCUCUGGAUUUCACCGCCGUGGAGGAGAACAUGGAUAACUUCAUGACACAAGUGAAGAACCUUGCGCAGUCCCUCUACCCGUGCUCGGCGCAGAAGCUCGACUAUGACAUGAAGCUGAACUUCUUGGAGAAUACAUCAGUCACCUGCAACGACGGAAGUCCCGCGGGGUACUACCUGAAAGAAUCUCGAGGCAGCAGACGGUGGUUGAUAUUCUUAGAGGGUGGCUGGUACUGCUUCAACAAGGAGAACUGUGACAGCCGAUACGAGACCAUGAGAAGACUGAUGAGCUCAUCCAAGUGGCCCCAAACUAAAACAGGCACAGGGAUCCUGUCUCCGCUGCCUGAGGAAAACCCUCACUGGUGGAAUGCCAACAUGGUAUUCAUCCCAUACUGCUCCAGCGAUGUGUGGAGCGGCGCUACAGCCAAAACAGAGCAGAGUGGCUAUGCCUUCAUGGGCUCACUGAUUAUUCAGGAGGUUGUGAAGGACCUGCUGAACAAAGGUCUAGACAACGCCAAAGUUCUCCUAUUAGCAGGAAGCAGUGCAGGCGGUACUGGGGUCCUUCUGAAUGUGGACCAUGUGGCAGAAUUGCUGGAGGGACUGGGGCACACUGGGAUACAAGUGCGAGGCCUGUCUGAUUCUGGCUGGUUCCUGGAUAACAAGCAGUACCACUGCACGGAGUGUGUGGACGCUGUCAGCUGUGCCCCCACUGAGACCAUCAAGAGAGGCAUCAAGUACUGGGGAGGAGUGGUACCAGAGAGGUGCAGGCAAACCCAUGAAGGAGAGGAGUGGAACUGUUUCUUUGGAUAUAGAGUCUUCCCAUCAAUAAAGAGCCCUGUGUUUGUUGUCCAGUGGCUGUUUGAUGAGGCCCAGUUGACAGUGGACAACAUCCAGCUAACAGGCCAGCCUGUGCAGGAAGGCCAGUGGCGCUACAUCCAAAACCUUGGCAUUGAGCUGAGGAACACACUCAAAGAUGUCCCGGCUAUGUUUGCUCCAUCGUGCCUAUCACAUGAAGUUAUCACCAGAAACUACUGGAUUGACGUGCAGGUUAAAGGCACUUCCUUGCCCCGAGCACUGCACUGCUGGGACCGCAGCCUCCACGACAACAGGAACAACAAGGCUCCACCCAAAGGCUGCCCUGUACAUCUGAUUGACAGCUGCCCGUGGCCACACUGCAACCCCACUUGCCCCACCAUCCGAGAUCAGUUCACAGGACAAGAGAUGAACGUCAUUCAAUUCCUCAUGCACAUGGGCUUUGAUGUGCAGAAGAUGGCCCAGCAGCAAGGCAUGGACCCCAGCAAGCUACUGGGCAUGCUCAGCAGCGGUAGCUAAAGGGACACACGUACACACAGUAUCUCCAAGCUAAGUCCAAAAGGGCUGGCUGGUCUCUCUGGCCAGUCUCCCAUGCCUGAUACCUCCAGCUACCCAUCCACCUUCACAACCCAUUCUACCUAUAGUUGAUUCCCCUCUGACCUCCUGUUUACUUUAGUCUAAGCCUCAGUCAAACACAGGGGCUUCGAUUUGUCCCACAAUCCCUUUCCUCACAACUGAUGACAAGCAGAGGGGCAACGCGCAAGGCACAACUCUCCAUUUAAAUUAUCUUUUGCUUUGUAAAAGAAAAAAACAUCACAAAUGUAAUCCAGUUUUAAGGAUGCUCAUUGGUGUUUUGUUUUUUUUAUAUUAUUUUCACUCUUCCAUAUAGAUUAUAUUUAGACAUUGUUAAAAAAGAGAAAGAAAAGGCCACAAUCGUAGAAAAGGUUUCAGUCGUAGUCAUCUGGACACUGUUUUCAGAAUCAAGACGUUUCGGCUCUGCCCUCAGGAAGGAAUCUGCCUGAGUAUCUGUUAAUAGCUAGUUUCACCUGAAACUGACCUAAUAGUUUCAAGAUGGCCCAGUAAUCAGUAAUCAGGCCUAUUGUUCUCUGGCUGCAUCUACUUCAUCACUGCUAAGUGCCUGAUUAGCAUGUGAUAGGCGUGACCAAGGUGAUAAUACACUCUGAUAAACUUUGGGCAGAUUAAAUCUCAGACCACCAUUUCUGUUCAAAGAGGGGUUCUCUUUCUUCACAAAAAUUUCCAGUUCCCGUCCAAUUUUUUCACAAUUGAGAAUGACUUCCGGAUGGGAGCCGAAACGUCUUGAUUCUGAAAACAGUGUCCAGAUGACUACGACUGAAACCUUUUCUACGAUAGAACACUCCUGGACGAAUGAGGGACUACACCGUCUUAAAAGGCCACAAUGAUGUAAGGAUGCUGUCUUUGUUCAGUAGUCACUAUAGAGUAUAUAAGGGUAUAAUUUUGUUCAGACUGUUUUGUAGUUGGGUUCUAACAACAUCUCAUCACACAAAAAACCUACAUCAAGACAGAAACAGGGAUAAGAUGAGAAAAGCACUGGAUCAGGAAGGAAAUUUUGUAUUUAUCUCUAAAACAAUGGCAAGAAUGAUAGAGAGAGAUAACUGACACCAAUACUCCUCUAAUCAGCUUGUGGUAUAAAAUCAGGUUGGAUUAACACACUCUUUACAUAGUUAGGCUACUGAAAUUAAAGCCCCAAACAGAGAAAUAUCAGAUGUUAUUCCUUGCUACUGAAAGUAGUCAAAAAGAAGAAAAGACAGACAAUGCUCCACACUUUGUAUUAUUGUUGUGAUUAUCGUGGGCUGAGAGAAAAGAUCCCUCUAGAGGCAACUCAUUCCUGAUAGUGUUGAAAUGAAAGUGGCAUAUUUUCAGUUUUCAACAGCUGUGAAGAUGCCAAGAUGCCCGGUUUAGUCGUUUCCUGAAGCUGACUGUGGUGCUAAAGUGGACCUGGAAUCAGUCAGUAUCUAUACAUACACUGCAGUGCCAUUACAUCUAUUCUAUACCUCUUCCUCACAGGCCACAUCAUCACAAGAGGACUGUUCAAACCCAAACAUAGGGUACACAUUCAUGUUAAAUCACCUCAGUAGUUAAGCAAUCCUCAGAUCAAUGCAAUGAACAUUUAAAGGGAGACAAAUAUCAUGUAAUGUAUAUUUUUUUGAGUAUUUGUAUAGGUUCUUUCAAGUGUUCACUAUUGUAACUCCCUUCUUAUAUUUCAUAAUAGAGAUCACUUUUUAAUAUAAUGACAAUGUUGUAUGUAAUGAUGUCUUUAUAAAUGAUGUUUUUAAAGGACCUCUAUUUCGCAUCACACCAGAGAAGGAAAGGUAUUACUAAUUGUAAUUUUAUUCUGUAACAUAUUUUUUAACAGAAAAAAACUCAAGCUACAUUGGUAAUUUACAUAUUUAUUUUGUUAUGUAAAUCAUAUUUAUAAGCGCUAUUUUCACAGAGAAGUGAUUCUUUGUAAAUUGUAAAUACAUUGCUGUUUUUUUCUCUGUGUUGAUUGCAUGUCUUUGUAUGAGACAUAAAAGAAAAGACACAUUACAUAUACUACAAGGUAAACAUUUCUGUGUUUUUAUUAUGAUCAUUAUUACUAUUAUUAUUGUUGUUGUUUUUAUUGGUAGUAAUAGUUGAAUAGGUAUCAGUAGUAUUUGCACAAUUCUCAUUCUCAUUUUACACUUACAGCACAAAAACGUUUAGCACGAGGUAAGGUCAACAGCUCCCUCAGGCUCCCAACACGACUUGUCACUAUUUUGACAUAUCUCGAGUUGGUAAAGUGAAUUGAGAAAUGUUGCCAUUUUUGUUGUAUUGAAAAGGACCCAUAACUAACAGGAAAUGACCUGAUGAACUGAUAAUCGCAAACUCAAAAUAACCAGUAAUUUUCUGGUUCUGCAGCACCAAAGGUCUUAUAUUCACUAGCUAAAGAAAGUCCCUGUUUUGAUGUCAGCGAUACCCAUCACCUGUCUUCUCUGCAUGGUUUAAAUGUUCAGUUUCUUAAGUUAUGACCCUCAGUCAGCCGUGUCUUUUUGUUCGGUGCACUCACUGUCUUCAUGAUAAAUAGACUGCAGUUAUUUAUCCAAUGUGCUUUACAAUUUGCCUUUCAAUCACCUAUUCACACAUACACUCACACAUCGAUGCAAGGCACUGGCCUAACCACUGGGAGCAGUCGUGGCUCAGUUUCUUGCUCAAGGCCAUUUCGACAUGUAGUCAGGAGGAGCCAGCGAUCGAGCUAGUAGCCCUGCGAUUAGUGCGCGCCCCACUCUACCUGCUGAGCCACAGCCAUCUUUACACACCCAUAUCAACCUCUGAUUCUGUUGCAGAUCCAAGUAUGCCACAUAGUGCAAAAAGAUCAUUAAAAGGGGGGACUGGAGCACACUGAUUGAUUUGCAGCCUUCAAUAGUACAAACAGGCUACGUUUCGACACUACUGUGUGUUCAUCAAAGUCAAAAUGGACAAAGACAUAACACAUACAUAGUCAACCUAAAGCAGGUGUAUAAUUGUCAUUGGAUAAUUGGUUGAUGAGGAUUUGAAAUCUAUUGGAUAAUGGAUCAAGGGGUGAGAGUUGCAAUAGUCAUUGUCCAAGUGCCACACCCCAUGUACUAUCAUCGCAUCAGAAACAAAAGAACACAGAAGGUAACAAAGAUAGAAGUACACAAAGUACUGCAUCCAUCAAGUGUAAUAAAUUAGAGGAAAUGUGACAUAUUCAUUCAUUUAGGAUAAAAGGCUCAACUGUGAAUCCAAUAUACCUCUCUGCGGACCAGUGAGUUGAUAAUGUCACAACCUCUAGGAGAGGGAGACAUUUUUUAUAUUCCCCAGAACUUGAAUGAUGCUGCAGAGCCAUGGUUAGCCUUGUGCAUAACAUCUGUUUGCCCUAUUAAAGGCAUCAAUCAAAAAUCAA